CAGGGCCUCGAGGUUUCGCUACGAAGGCAAUUCGACGGGCAACCCCUAUCACGGCUAUCGCCGUGGCAGCUUGUUCGUGCAGCUUCUUGUGCUCCUCCGAACGAGAAGCGGCAGUCGGAGGUCAUGUUCAUCUUUCCGGUUCUCCUAUCGUUGUCUCUCGACAUUGCCGUGGUCGCUGUGUAUUUCCGAGAAGGCAAUCUUUAUGGAAGGGAGAAGGGACAGCCGUGGGUGCGUCUCUUGGAUGUUUCCGCCUGCAAUUUUGACUUGGCUGUCCUGGCCACCCUCCGCAUCCUCUUCAUCAGCCCGUACAUCUACAGCUACGUCCAUCGGCGCCGGCUUGUUUACACCUUCCUUCCGUGGGCGUGGGAAGCUCUGAACAUGGGUAUUGUGACGGCCCGGCUCGUCUUCCUCGUGGCCAUCCUGGUGGCUUCCCGCGCGGAAUACCUGCUCGUGGGCCUUUCCUUCGCCUCCAUCCUCCUCCAAGCCGUCUGCCUGGAGCACCUCCGAUCGUCCGCCCCCCGGGAGAAGCACAUCUUCCUGACAAGCGCUCUCAGCCGCGUGGACGCCUCCACGCGCCUGCUGGAGCACCAUCAGCCCGCAGCCCCGGGCGCCGGGGGCCAAGACCUGUACGACGGGCACCGACGGGACGUGGACUUCAUCGCCAGCAUCACCGCCAAGAUGAAGCGCGCCAAGGAGUACUGGACGGCCAAGACCGAGAGCCUCCGGGGCCUCUGGAACGACCUGGGCCGGGCUCGGGGGGGCGAGGCCGCCGCCUUCAACCUCCUGCUUCGCCUCUUCACCUACGAGGACGUGCUGGGCGAUAUGGACGAGGCCUUCGCGCAAGAGCCCUCCUCCGUCGAGUUCUACAUCCCGCAGCUCGCCACCUUCCUCCUCUACGGGGCCUUCUGGUCGAGCGGGAGCUUGCAGGCCUUCCUGCUUGACAAGAGCGCUCGCUCCAUCCAGUUCGCGCACCGGCUGUACUGGUUCCUGCUCGCGUCCUGCUUGGAUGGCUCGGGCAUCGACCAGGAGGGCCGCCGGCAGGUGGGCACGCUCAUCGAGGAGGUGAGGAGCCGAGGCCAGCGGGCGGCGCGGCGGCUGGAGCAGGGCCGGACCGUGCAGGAGCUCUACCCCUCCCGGGGCAGCUCGUCGGCCCUGCAGCGCCCUACGCAGGCUUCCCGCCGGUGGGGCCGGGGAACGCGAAGCCGUGA